CCUCAAUAAAAAUGGCGGCUGGUGAGGCAGGCGCCGCGUGUUUCCGGUUCCGGUCCGGCUCGUGGUGCAGUUCCGGUAGCGAGGUGAGUGAUAUCCGGCGGAGAGUGUCCGGCUCGCGCUCCUCGCUCUGUGUAACGCGCUCUCUCUCGCAGUGCAGUAAAUAUGGCGAUGCGGCAAACCCCCCUCACCUGCUCCGGACACACCCGGCCUGUGGUGGACCUGGCCUUCAGCGGGAUCACCCCGUACGGAGCCUUCCUCAUCAGCGCCUGCAAGGGUGAGCCCCCCAAUAUCAUCACUGUACCCCAAUACACUAACCCUGUACCCCCCAAUAUCUAUACCGCCCUCCCUGUACCCCAAUAUACUAACCCUGUACCCCCCAAUAUCCAUACCGCCCCCUGUACCCCCAUACUAUACCUGGCCUUCAGCGGGAUCACCCCGUACGGAGCCUUCCUCAUCAGCGCCUGCAAGGGUGAGCCCCCCAAUAUCAUCACUGUACCCCAAUAUACUAACCCUGUACCCCCCAAUAUCCAUACCGCCCCCCUGUACCCCAAUAUACUAACCCUGUACCCCCCAAUAUCUAUACCGCCCCCCUGUACCCCCAUACUAUACCUGGCCUUCAGCGGGAUCACCCCGUACGGAGCCUUCCUCAUCAGCGCCUGCAAGGGUGAGCCCCCCUGUACCCCAAUAUCAUCACUGUACCCCAAUAUACUAACCCUGUACCCCCCAAUAUCCAUACAGCCCCCUGUACCCCAAUAUACUAACCCUGUACCCUUUAAUAUCUAUACAGCCCCUGUACCCCAUACUAUACCUGGCCUUCAGCGGAAUGCCCCGUCACCAGACCCCUUCACUCAUCGAAACAUUACUGCAAUUAAUUUAUUAUCCAUGCUAACCCUGUACCCCCAAUAUCCAUGCAAGCCCUGUACUUACACCCCAAUGCUACAAUCACUACUGCCCCCUGUACCCCCAAUAUACUAACCCUGUACUCCCCAAUAUCUAUACAGCCCCCCUGUACCCCAAUAUACUAACCCUGUACCCCCCAAUAUCCAUACCGCCUCCCUGUACCCCCAUACUAUACCUGGCCUUCAGCGGGAUCACCCCGUACGGAGCCUUCCUCAUCAGCGCCUGCAAGGGUGAGCCCCCCAAUAUCAAUAUACUAACCCUGUACCCCCCAAUAUCCAUACCGCCCCCUGUACCCCAAUACAAUCACUACUGCCCCCUGUACCCCCAAUAUACUAACCCUGUACUCCCCAAUAUCUAUACAGCCCCCCUGUACCCCAAUAUACUAACCCUGUACCCCCCAAUAUCCAUACCGCCUCCCUGUACCCCCAUACUAUACCUGGCCUUCAGCGGGAUCACCCCGUACGGAGCCUUCCUCAUCAGCGCCUGCAAGGGUGAGCCCCCCAAUAUCAAUAUACUAACCCUGUACCCCCCAAUAUCCAUACCGCCCCCUGUACCCCAAUACAAUCACUACUGCCCCCUGUACCCCCAAUAUACUAACCCUGUACUCCCCAAUAUCUAUACAGCCCCCCUGUACCCCAAUAUACUAACCCUGUACCCCCCAAUAUCCAUACCGCCUCCCUGUACCCCCAUACUAUACCUGGCCUUCAGCGGGAUCACCCCGUACGGAGCCUUCCUCAUCAGCGCCUGCAAGGGUGAGCCCCCCAAUAUCAAUAUACUAACCCUGUACCCCCCAAUAUCCAUACCGCCCCCUGUACCCCAAUACAAUCACUACUGCCCCCUGUACCCCCAAUAUACUAACCCUGUACUCCCCAAUAUCUAUACAGCCCCCCUGUACCCCAAUAUACUAACCCUGUACCCCCCAAUAUCCAUGCAGCCUCCUGUACCCCCCCAUACUAUACCUGGCCUUCAAGCGGGGAUCACCCGUCACGCAGACCUUCCUCAUCCCAGCGCCUGCGUGAGGCCCAAUAUCCAUACCUUGUACCCAAUAUACCAACUUCCUGUACCCCCAAUAUCUAUACCGCCCCCGUACCCCAAUAUACUAAUCCUGUACCCCCCAAUAUCUAUACCGCCCCCUGUACCCCCAAUAUACUAACCCUGUACCCCUCAAUAUCUAUACCGCCCCCUGUACCCCAAUACAAUCACUACUGCCCCCUGUACCCCGAUACGAUCACUACCACCCCAAUACGGCCCACUGUACCCCAAUAGCAUCACUACCACCCCCUACGGAUUGUUCUUGAUCAGCGCGUACCCUGAUACUGCCCCCUGGACCUUGAUAGCGUCACUACUACCACCACUAUCGUUCCUGAUCAAUGCCUGCAAGAUGAUAGCCUCUAUAUUAGCUCUGUACCCACGAUCUGCAGCAAUCUGCAGUACAGCAUCACAAGUGAUAUUAUUCUUUGUCACCACUAGAUAAUAUUAAAUCCCAAUAGUGUCUCUAGAUGCCUGUUACCCCUCCACCACCUUUCCUAACCUGCUAUAUUGUCCCGAUACUGAUAGUACUUCUCUUUCUUGUUUUAUGGCACGCACCGUAACGUUUGCUUUGAAUCUUAAAGCAUAUGAGACUGUUUGUUUUUCCUGGUAGAUGGCAAGCCAAUGCUUCGGCAGGGAGAUACCGGUGACUGGAUUGGCACGUUUUUGGGCCACAAAGGUGCUGUUUGGGGAGCCACUCUGAAUAAAAAUGCCACAAAGGCAGCCACUGCAGCCGCAGACUUUACAGCGUAUGUAAAAAUGGUGAAAACCAUCAAUUUCUAAUUUUAUUCUGUGUGUCAGCAAACGCCAAUAAACCUACUGAAAUAAAUAUUGCCGGAAAUGAGUGUCUUCAAGUAACUAGUCCUGUACUUGCAUUGAUUGGAGGGCGUGCUUACCCUGUUGUUCUCCUUUAUAUUUAAAGCGAUACUCCUCUGGGUACCAAUACAACCUUUUAUGUUUUUGUUUUCUCUCUAUACUAGAGCGAGGGGGGCAGCCAGAAGCCGGCUUGUGAGCAUGAAAAAUAUAGAUAACAUAUUGAUAAAUCCUUAAUCUAUCAAAUUAAAGGUCCACUCUAGGCACCCAGACCACUUCAGCUUAAUGAAGUGGUCUGGUUGCCAGGUCCAGCUAGGGUUAACCCACUUUUUUUAAUAAGGUUUUUUUUUUUUUUUAAUAUAUAUAAACAUAGCAGUUUCAGAGAAACUGCUAUGUUUAUAAAUAGGUUAAUCCGGCCUCUAAAGCCGCUAGUGGCUGUCUCAUUGACAGCCGCUAGAGGGCUUCCGCGUUUCUCACUGUGAGCAUUAUGAAUGCUUUCCUAUGAGACCAGCUGAAUGCGCCCAGCUCCUGUCACGCAUGUGCAUUCAGCCAAGGAGAGCUCCCCGCCCAGCGCUGGAGAAAGGUGAGUGUUUAACCCCUUCCUCUCCCCAGAGCCCAGCGGGAGGGGGCACCCUUAGGGCACUAUAGUGCCAGGAAAACGAGUUUGUUUUGCUGGCACUAUAGUGGUCCUUUAAAAUAUUAUUGGAGGUCGGAGUUUCCCAGUUUGUAACUGGGGCUUUUCCUUAUUCUCCUGUAAUGUAAAACUUUGUUUUACCUGUUUUCUAACGUCGGUCUUGCUUCUCGUACCAUAUAUUUGCAGUGGGAUAUACAGGUAAUUACUGGAUAACUGUGCUGAUUGUUACAGUAAAUGCGUUUUGUGUUGUGUACUGCUUUAAAUUUACACCAGUCCCUGCUUCCUUAUAUUGACAGGCAUGCUGUCCCGCUAAUCAUUUUGUCCCAUUGGAAAGACCAGCUUUUUAAAUGUACAUCAUUGGUCACCAAGCGUGUAACUGUAGUGACAUAUGUUGGUCACAAAGGUGUUAAGAAUCAAAGUAUUUGUUGCGGCUGGCUUUAUUUAUAACCUUACAUUGCAUAGGAACAUGUCAGGAAGAACAAGUAGUCCAUGUUCAGGAAGCCACACUGGUUGCACAACUUAAUAUCUAGAAACCGAUUCAAAUUCUGUUUAUGGAAUAAUGUUCUAUGGAAAGUUAUGGUAGCAUUUGGUGUGGGCAGUGCCAACCUGCUGUAUUUAAAAGGCCUGGUGGUUUACUGUUUAUUUCGGGUUGGUUUUUGAAUACUUCUUUUUGUCCAUCUUAAAGGACCACUUCAGCUUAAUGAAGUGGUCUGGGUGCCAGGUCCUUCUAGGGUUAACCCAUUUUUUUAUAAACAUAGCAGUUUCAGAGAAACUGCUAUGUUUAUCAAUGGGUUAAGCCUUCCCCUAAUCCUCUAGUGGCUGUCUCAUUGACAGCCACUAAACUGCGAUAACUUCUCACUGAUUUUCACGGUGAGGCAGCAUAGCGUCCAUAGAAAGCAUUGUAAGUAACUUUCCACAUCGCGGCACCGAGGAAGCUGGUAAAUACUUGGCAGCGCGCUCAGCGCAGCAGCGUGCGCAUUCCAGCAGGAGGGAGGGAGGGAGGGAGGAGGAGGAACGGAGGAGGAGAGAAGGAGAGCUCUCCGCCCAGCGCUGGAAAAAGGUAAGUUUUUAACCCUUUCCCCCUUCCAGAGCCGGGCUCGAGGGGGACCCUGAGGGUGGGGGCACCCUCAGGGCACUAUAGUGCCAGGAAAACGAGUGUUUUCCUGGCACUAUAGUGGUCCUUUAACAAAGUAUUAAAAUGUCUGCUACGGGUGGUGAUGCUGUUUCAAUGAAAACUAAUUUUACUGUUUUGUUUUUCAGGAAAGUGUGGGAUGCUGUGACAGGGGACGAGAUCAUCACAUUGGCACACAAACACAUAGUAAAAAGCGUGGAUUUUACAGAGGUAACAUUGAGUGGCUCUACGUGAUUAAAGUAAUUUGGGUUAAAUCAGACCUGUUUAUUUGGUAAAAACUAAUCUGGUCCUGAGUUCAGAAAUCCAGACACUGUCUGCAUACAGUUACUAUAGCGUGGUGUGCUCAGACGCUAUUAUCUGUUAUCUAUAGAUUUCAUUAAAUACGCUCAAGUAUGUAUAAAACUGAGACUAUUCCUUGUAUCCAAAUAUAUCAAUUUUAUUAGUCAAUCGUUGAAUAACGUGGUCUGUCCAUUCUCCCUGACGAUUGAUGUGUAAAAUGGCCCAGGAGAGCCAGUUAGGGCCAUGUGGCUGUGAGUGCUUAUUGUGUGUGGAUUGAUGUGUAAAAUGGCCCAGGAGAGCCUGUUAGGGCCAUGUGGCUGUGAGUGCUUAUUGUGUGUGUGGAUUGAUGUGUAAAAUGGCCCAGGAGAGCCUGUUAGGGCCACGUGGCUGUGAGCGCUCAGUGUGUGUAUCGAUGUGUAAAAUGGCCCAGGAGAGCCUGUUAGGGCCACGUGGCUGUGAGCGCUCAGUGUGUGUGUAUCGAUGUGUAAAAUGGCCCAGGAGAGCCUGUUAGGACUACGUGGCUGUGAGCGCUCAGUGUGUGUGUAUCGAUGUGUAAAAUGGCCCAGGAGAGCCUGUUAGGACUACGUGGCUGUGAGCACUCAUUGUGUGUGUAUCGAUGUGUAAAAUGGCCCAGGAGAGCCUGUUAGGACCACGUGGCUGUGAGCACUCAUUGUGUGUGGAUUGAAGCUGCUUCUGGGCAAUAAACCUGAAGAUCAGACUCCACUUUGUGCUGUAUUUCCGUUCUCUUCCCAUUGUUUCCACUUAAUCCGUAGUAUACAAUGAUCACUCAUGUUUCUCUGUUCAGGAUAGCAACAAUCUGCUGACAGGAGGCCAGGAUAAACUGUUGCGCAUAUAUGACUUGAAUAAACCAGAAACUGGUAAGUUCUGAUGUUUCUUUGUUUUCGUUGGUGGAAACUAUAUUUCUAAAAUCUGACAAAUUAAUUUUUAAUGGUCUGAAAUCGUGACUUGACGCUCCCCUGCAGAUUUGCCACGUUCCGCUGAGCUAAGCUCAUUUUAUGAACUGUUUUCUCCACGUAAAAGUGAAGGUCCGCAAUUACAAUGUUUACAAAUAAAGUAAAUUGGGCAUAAUGUGUAAAACAGGGAGGGAUAACCACUUGUCCGUUUUUCAUUUUUUUAUAAAAAGAAUGAUUUUAUGUGAUAAGCAAACAGGAGAUGUGUUGUGUAAAUCCUUGCUUUAUUGAAAGCAACAGAUGUCCAUGUACUUGGUACAGGGCUGAGGAUUUCUUCUACCCAUUGAAUGUAAAACCAUGCAGCUUGCUAGUGUACCUAUGUGGCCGAUCUCUUCACUGUGUAACAAACCUGUUUCUUUCUAGAACCAGAGGAGAUCAGCGGUCAUACGUCUUCAAUUAAGAAAGCUCUAUGGUACAACAAUGAGAAACAGAUAAUUUCUGCCGCAGAUGAUAAAACUGUCCGGUAAGUAUUAUGUGAUUUGAUGAUGGCUCUCCGCACUUCCUGAGCAAACCGUGGCUUGACAAGGUGACUCGCAGGCCUAGGUGUGAGUGUCUGAGAGUAAGGUGCUUGUUGGCCUCUUUCUCCGGUCUUUGCCUGGUGAAGAAAAGUCCUUACUUUGGUUUCCUGUUUGAAAUGAACCAAUGUCCCCUCCAAGGUAGUCACAACGUGACCAUGUGAUUGAACUCUUCAACAAGAACUGCAGGCCAUUUCGGAGGGGAUUCUGGGAAUGGUAUCAGGAUGAACCUUAUAAAGUCAAUGUCUGUUCUGUAAAUACUCCUCUACAUCCUGCUCAUGCCUAACUCUCUCGGUUAAUCUGGCUGAUGGUAGCUUGAUACACUAUAAUUUAAUGGAGUCUUUGGAUCUAUGUUCCAGAACGGUAAGUGGAUAUGGCAGAGCUAAUCACACAAAAUAAGGAGAACCCAGUGAAGUCCAAGGAAUGAGUCAUCCCAGGAUGUCAAAACACGUGGACGUUGGCAGCAAGUUUUUUUUAUUUUUAAAUCGAAUAUUCGCAUUUAGCACCCCAAGAAGUUCAGAGAAAACAUGGUGUCCUGAUCAUUUUAAACCGAUGUUUCCUGAAUUGUCAUACAGAAUUCCCAUCCCACCCCUGUUUUAUUGGGAUCUAACUAAAGUUGGUGUUUUACUAUGUAUUUGUUACCUUGUGAGCAAUUCUGCACUCGUGUGAUCCAUUAACACGACCUCUAUGUAAUGUAUGUGUUAUUUAGACUCUGGGACAGAGCAAGCAAGAGCGAAGUGAAGACUCUGCAGUUUGGGAUGUCUGUUAGCAGCAUGGAGUACAUUCCGGAUGGAGAGACCCUUCUCAUCACAUAUGGAAGAACAAUUGCGCUGUAUAAUACUACAAGGUAUGAAGUUAAAGAUGAAUGUUGGUCUCUGUAACCGGGGAACACUGUUCAGUCAGUGGGAUAUGUGCUAUAGCUUGGGGAAUAUAAGGUGGUUUCUCCUUGUCUCUCCUCUCCCUCAGCAUCAAAUCCUUUAGAUUGUAAGCUCACUGGCUAUCUAACUAAGCACUUUGUAUAAAAGAGCUUAAAUGGCUAGAUCUCAGCUUACGGGCAGGGCUCUCUACCUGUGUAUUUGUCUGUAUGUUCUUCACUAAUUGUACAGCGCUGUGGAAAAUGUUGGCGCUUUAUAAAUACCUGUAAUCAUAAUAAAGAAAUUGCAAGUAGUGUAUCUGCAGUUAAAGCGGCACUGUCAUGCCGAAUCUUGUAAUAGGUAAAGACAGAAGCGGCAGGGAGCAGUGCUCUCCACCACUUCAUAAGCCCCCCUCACUCUAUGGGGGUCAAUAUGACCCCCAUAAUAGCACAAGGGAGAUUAAAAUCUCUCCAAUGACCCUACUCGCUAUACCACGAGUAGGAGCAUGUCCACUAAACAGUGAGCUGAUCACUGUAAAAAAAAAACUCUUGGCCCCACCCGUCGUUUAGGGGUGGGGGCCAAUGUAUUUUUUGUUUUGUUUUUACAGUGAGCAGCUCACUGUUUAGUGGACAUGCUCCUCCUCGCGGUUAAACGACGGGUGGGGGCCCUAAAGUAAAAUAAGGGGAGACCUAAUGUUCUCCCCCCCCCACUCCUGGGCGGUGGGUGGGGGCCUUAUUGAUAAUGGGGGGACCUACUUAUUUUUUUAUUUUUUUUUUGUGAGCAGCCACAGGCUGCUCACUGCUUACUAGACAUGCCCCUACUCGCAGUAUAGCGAGUAGGGGCAGCAUUUACUAAUACUAAGUAAUCUUUACUUAGUAUUAGUAAAUGUGGCUGAAAGACCAAUUUAGGUCUUUCAGACUUUUAGUAGAUAGCUCCCGAAUACCAUGGGGAACCACAGCAAGAAUAGGAUCGGAGUUUCAUUCAUUCAAAUAAAAUUCCGAUCCGAAAAGAAACGAACAUACUGUUCUCAUUCAGUUAGAACGCAAUUCGGCAGUUUCGUGUAAAAUGACAGGAAGCAUUGUGGGAACACAGAGGGAAGGUAAGGAUCAUGGGAAAAUUGCUCUGACCAGCGGAAAUGAAGCACACUUUGCUCCUCCGCUGGUCAGAGCUGGUCAAGCGGAGGAAACCUCCAUAAGGCAAAGAGUCCCUACUUUGUCUUAUGAUUUUAAAGAAAACUAAAGAAGACAGGAAGAAAAGAAUAACAGAUCCUGAGAGAGGGGGAGAAGAGGAAGAUAUUGAGGAAAGGUAAGUUCGGCAUGACAGUGCUGCUUUAAACACUGACCUAAAAUAACCAGUUGUGGUUCAGGAAUAUUUGCUAUCAGUUAUUUUGGUUGAAAUUCAAGGCUGCAAUUAUCACAUUACUAGUAAACUCGAACUUAAUUUGAUUUGUGGUUGGUUUAUUUUGCUUCUCAACGGGCAAUUGUUUUUAAAUACCGCCAUAGAAUAAAUUCGCAGGAUUUCUUUUCCCGUAUUCUGAAUCAAUGUUUUUUUUUUGGCUCUUAUUUUUAUGACUUUUUUUUUUUUGUAUUAUGACUCUUUUUUUUUUAUUUUAUUUUUUAUUUAUUUAUUUUUUUUCCAGUCUUGAGCUGGUCAAGUCAUUUGAAGCCCCUGCACCAAUCAAUUCAGCUUCUCUGCACCCUGAGAAAGAAUGCAUUGUAGCUGGCGGUGAUGACUUCAAGUUGUAUAAAUACGAUUAUAGUACCGGAGAGGAGCUAGGUGAGUUACAGGUCUAUAGUGGCCACUUACUUUGACCUCCCUAAACCUUUUAAAGGGACACUCCACAGGUCAAAUACAAGAAAUAACUAGUAAACACCAAUUAAACACUUAUAAUUUUUUUUUUUUUUAAAUAUAUUUUUGGUUAUACCUAAAACUAGCUUGAAAAAAAAGCUACAGAUCUAUUGUCUUUCAGUCUGUGUGACAAACGCAGAGGUAAUUUGUGGAUGCACGUGCCCUCUAACAAGUUUAGUUACUGAAUCGGGAAGAUAACCUCCCUCUGUGUUUUUGCAAUUUAUAAAGUUUCCCAUUUCAAAUCGGAAUGAGCCCUUGUAUAAACUGUAAUACUGAGUGAUCCCUGUGUCUGUAUCGUAGAAUCCUACAAAGGCCACUUUGGUCCAGUGCACUGCGUGCGGUUCAGCCCAGAUGGAGAGUUAUACGCUAGUGGCUCAGAAGAUGGGACUCUCCGACUCUGGCAAACUGCCGUUGGCAAGACAUACGGACUGUGGAAAUGUGUCCUACCAGGUAACAUGGUUUGGAAUGUGUUUAUUUGCAGCUACAAUUAUACUUUUUUCAGGUUAAAAUGUCUUUUAAUGGGUCACCCGAAGUAUGGUGAUAAUGCAAGAUUGGUAUUUUUAUGGUGAAGGUCACUGAUUUAACUAAUUUGCAUCACAGAGCUUUAAGCCAGUAGCCUUUCUCCGAUGCCAGGGAGAUAACCCAAUUGGAUAAGAAAAACAGACCAGAGGGCCCUUCUCCCUGUCUGUGAGGGUCUGCCUCUGCACAAUCUUCCUCUAUUCUAAUGGUGGUGGGUGGUGAAGGCCUGGUGUGAUGUUUGCUAGUUAACCCAGAUGUCAAUACUCUUUAAGUUAUUGGAUCCUAAGUAAAAGCCAUUCAAUAACAAACCCCAAUAGCUGACUUUUUCCUCGAAUAAUCAAAUCUUUCUACAGUGUCUUGAGCAGUCGGGAAUUCUGGGUAGGACGGCUGUGGUUUGGCUCAAGUAGGGCCCCAUGCGGCAGUCGGGUUUUUUUUUUCUUCAAGAAAAACCUCAGUUUCUGAGGGUGAAGGCGCUGGUAAAAUAUCUUAUGAAGAUGGUCUCAGAGAAAGUCCUGUUAAUUUUAGCCUCUUCACCAUUAUUGCAAUAGAAGUAAAAUGAUAUGAUAUAGCUUUAAUAAACCAACUUUAUUCAUUAAUCUGUGUCUUGUUUGUUUUGACAAAUGUACACUUCUAAAACCUAACAAAUCUAUUCUAAAAGGAUCCCACUUCUCUAUCGCGUAGCUUACUCCUAGUCCUACUCAGACUAGUUUAGCACACUGUGUAGCUAUAUUGUAGCUCACUUGUAAAAUGACACUCUAGGCACCAAAACCACUUUAACUUGAAUUGGUAUUUGUGCAUAGAUCAUGCCUCUGCAGUCUCACUGCUCAAUUCUCUGCCAUUUAUGAGUUAAAUUGAUUUGUUUACAUCUCUCCUGCAUGUGACUUGUACCGCAUUAAAAAAAAAAGUUUCCUGUAAAGGAAAAUCUAAUGUUUGUAAUUUAUUGCACAGUCUGUUUAAUUUAGAAUUUAUCUUGAGUCACAUGGAGUGACUAGGGCUGCAUAAACAAAGUGGUUUAACUCCUUAAUGGCAGAGGGGUAUGAUCUAUACAUCAGUACUACUUCGUUAUGCUAAAGUUGUUUUUGUUAAUAGUCUGGUGCUGUGACACAAGAUGAUUUGGGGGUGUGUUGUAUCUGAUUUUUACUUUCAAAUUCUUUUCCACAUCCAUCUUUUAUUUUUUGAUAGUAGGAAGUAGAGUAAAUAAUGUCUCUGCUUAAUUUGAUCUAAAUCAUUCCAGAACAGCCUAAACUGACCCUAGAGUUUUACUGAUCUGUGUCUUGCCCACACGGCCCUGUAUGAGUGCUUUGACUGCCUAUGUCUCUGAAUAGCUUAAAGGACCACUAUAGUGCCAGGGUCAAGAGGGGUUAAGCACUUACCUUUCUCCAGCACUGGGCUCCCUCUUCAGAUGUCCUCCAUUUUUCAAUGCUUUCCUAUGGACGUCCAGCGUCUUCUCACUGUGAAAAUCAGUGAGCAUCGCGGAAGCGCCUCUACUGGCUAUCAAUGAGACAGCCACUAGAGGCUGGAUUAACGCUCAGUGUAAACAUAGCAGUUUAUCUGAAACUGAUAUGUUUACAGCGGCAGGGUUAACCCUAGAUGGACCUGGCACCCAGACCACUUCAUUGAGCUGAAGUGGUCUGGGUGCCUAUAGUGGUCCAUUUUAAGUGACAAUUCACAUCAAAAUUUAAUUUUAUUUUUUUUUUAACAAAAAUCAUUUUGUCAAGUGCAUAUGAAGUUGUUUCUCUUAAUAAAGCUUACGUUCUAUUGUCCAUAUUGAUAGACCUUUCUGUCGUAUUUUUGCAGAAGAGCUUGUUUCAGAAAACCCCGAUGCAGUUUACAGCUCGACUCCUGAGAUUAAAGCCUGAACAAAGAGCGGUGUCUCCAGAAACCUAGAAAGCAGACAUUGACACAAAGCAAAUGUCAAGAGACUGACUCCUUCCAGAGUAUCCUCCACCCCAAGCAAUGGCGACCAUCUAUUGGGAAUCUCUGCUGGAACAGACGGGGCUGGAAGUUGUGACUAAUUUAGCCAGAGCUUGUCUUUUGUGAAGAGAAACGUCCGUCCUUUCACUUUGGAGGGAGACGCCAGGGCUGUUUCUGUAUUUGGAGAGGGGAGGAUAAAGCUUUAAUUUGUCUUUAAUGUUGGGAGAGUUUCCUAGUACUUACGUUUGUCCUCUUUACUCAUAUUGCUUCUCCUAGCAGCUCAGAUGAAUAAAAUCUGUAAACGUCCAAUGAUUUAAGAAUGUGACUAAAAACCUAUAAAAUGGCGUUCAUUUUAGGGCAUAAACUGCAGAGGGAUUUAGCUGUGAGUGGUUUGAUUACAUUUUAGGCACUAUGACAUGCGUGAAUGCUUAUGUGCCAGUGCGCCCCUCCCCACUGUAAGGCAUCAAUAUUUAUUUAAAAUAUUUGAUUAAGAUUUGGUUUCUGAGAGGGGGAUGGGGGGGGACUGCUGAGUGCCACUUUCCAUGUCCACUACCUCAGCUUGCUUGGGAGCUUUUAUUCAUACACUGGAGCUAUGCCCUGCUGUACUAUACUUCUGCAAAUGUUUGCAUUAACAAUACAACUUAUAGGCAAAUUCAUCUGGCUCCCUAUAAUUUAGCUUUUAUGGCAUAAAUAUGAAAAUGGUUGGGGCUUAUGUCCGAGAAGAAGCAAUGCUAAGAAAAUAAGGUAUUCUAUUGGCGGUGCUGUACUCUGAAGACUACAAUGUGAGCUGUUCUGGAACGGUUAAAAUGUGUGGAAUCUACAGGUGCUUUGUUUAACUCCUUAAGGACACAUGACAUGUGUGACAUGUCAUGAUUCCUUUUUAUUCCAGAAGUUUGGUCCUUAAGGGGUUAAAGGACCACUAUAGGCACCCCGACCACUUCAGCUCAAUGAAAUGGUCUGGGUGCCACCUCCCUCUAGUUUUAACCCUGCAGCUGAAAACAAAGCUUUACAGAGGGUUAAUCCAGCUGCUAUCGGCUGUCUCACUGACAGCCGCUUACGCGAUUCUCACUGUGAGAAGAUGCUGGACGUCCAUAAGAAAGCACAGAGUAAUGCUUUCCUAUGGGUGGUUGAAUGUGCCGAGGGGCUCUUUCUGUGCGUGCCCACUCGGAUCUGAUGUCUGCAGGGGAGGAGAGGGAGCCCGGUGCUGGGAAAGGUAAGUGGCUGUAGGGGUUUUAAUACCCCCUGACGGUGGGGAUCUAAUGACCCUAUAGUGCCAAGAAAAUGAGUUUGUUUUCCUGGUACUAUAGUGGUCCUUUAAAUCUAAAAUGGGAACCAUAUUAUAAUAGCAGCUAUAGCACUCGAUGGGCAUUGCCUGUUAAACCCAUAAAACAAAAAAGUGAUAAACCACCCACAGUAUACAGGGCAGCGUUUAAUAGAAAUUCACAUGCAGAUUGAUAGCAGCUUACCUAAAUAUUUAAUAUACAGUGGGGAAAUGUUUUCACAUAUAAAAAAAAGAUUUAGUGCAGUUCUGCUAUGAGUAAUAGUGAAAAAAAAUUGAGAAUAAAUGCUCACAAUUAAAAAGCC